UUGAGCCUCCUUGUUAAUAUGAAACCAACGGAUGCUCUCGUUACGGUGGGAGGAGCUGCGCUCGUGUGCCACCUCAUAUACAAUAAAUGGGAGCCCACAUACAUCCCAGCCACGACCUUCAUGCUGCUGUUGCUUCCGCUCGGUCUCUCCACGCUCCUUGUUCCCCACUAUGGCCCGGCGCUCGCACUAAUUGUUGCCCUGGCGACAUACCAUGGCGUUCUGCUAACAUCCAUAUCGCUGUAUCGUGUCUCACCAUGGCACCCUGUCUCACGCUACCCAGGCCCACUUCCAGCCAAACUGUCCAAGUGGUGGAUGGUCUGGAAGGGGUGCCACGGUAAGCAGCACCUGUACAUUCGAGCGCUGCACGACCGGUACGGCGAUGUGGUGCGCAUUGGACCCAACGACAUCUCUAUUCGCGAUGUCGAUGCUGUGGCUCCGAUGAUGGGCACCAAUGGUCUGCCCAAGGGUCCCUCCACGUAUGCAAUGGCCAUGGAGCCCCCUAUUGUAAGCGUUAUAGGCAUCAGAGACCCAGUCGCGCACGCUCGCCGCCGCCGUCCUUGGACCCGCGCAUUCAGCACAACAGCGCUGAAGGAGUACGAGCCGACCCUCGUCAAGAACAUCACGAGGCUCUAUGAGCAGCUAGCAAACCAAAAGGGAAGCGUUAAUCUGGCGACGUGGUUCAGCUGGAUGACAUACGACUUUAUGGGCGAUAUGGUAUUCGGGGGAGGCAGCGAUAUGCUUACGCAUGGCGACAAAGACGGAAUCUGGUCCAUGCUCACAAACGGCGGAGAGGGGCAUGUGAUGUAUCAUCAUGUCCCAUGGCUAGCUCACUUCGCCAAGCGCCUUCCCAUGUCACUCCAAGUGAAGAAAAUGCGUCGCUGGGCGCUCGAACGCACUGUGGCUCGCUACAAGCACGGUGCAACCACGAAGGAUCUGUUCUAUUACUUAAGCAAUGAAGACGGAGCAGAGAAGAUGUCCCCACCCGCCGGUCAGGUCAUUUCUGAAGGCGUUCUUGCGACUAUUGCAGCCUCGGACACCACCUCGAGUGUCUUGUCAAACGCAUUUUGGAACAUCCUGCGGUACCCGCAGUACUAUAAGCGGCUCCAGGCUGAAGUUGACCAGUAUUACCCUGCCGGCGAAAACGCCCUUAAUCCUAAGCAUUACAGCAAGAUGGUAUUCUUGGACGCUGUGCUGAACGAGACGAUGCGAAUGUAUCCUGUCGUCCCGAGUGGCAGUGAACGGGCCCCGAUUCCGGGCAAAGGCGACAGGACUAUUGGACCCUACUUCAUCCCCAACGGUACACAGACCCGUAUACACUUUUGGUCGUUGCACCGUGACGCACGGUACUUCACGCAUCCGGACACAUUCUGGCCUGAGCGAUUCCUCAUCGCCGAGGGACUCGAGCGCGCACCGGAGGGCGAGCCGUUCAUGCAAAAUGCGAACGCGUUCAUCCCGUUCUCGUUUGGGCCGUCUAAUUGCGUGGGCAAGAAUCUGGCGCAGGUGGAGAUGCGGAUGGUGUUCUGCCACCUGCUGCAGAAUCUCGAGUUUGAGCUCGAGAAGGGCUGGGACCCUGCCGAGCGUGAUCACACCAUCGAGGACCACGUGGUCAUAUCGAUGAAGAGUCCUCUGCCUGUGGUGGUGCGCCGCAGGACGUAG